AUGCUUCGACCACACGGUGAUGACCACAAUGUCGCACUGGCCAGCUUCACUGUGCGUGGCCGCUCGCACGCGCGUGCGGCUGUUGCGGCUGUAGAUCACAUCAGCGAGAUCGCGGACCUGGCCGUCCCGCAGGUCCACUUUGACGUCAACGAGGAGCAGCUCACCCGCGACGGAGCCAAGGAUGAGCGCCCGACGCCGACAAUUGCGAUCCGAGACAUUGGCAUGAUGUUUGCAGACGACAUUUUCGUUGCCAAGUUGUGUGUCCGGUGGUGA